AGCUGCACCAACAACAACAGCUGCACCAACAACAGCUGCACCAACAACAACAGCUGCAACAACAACAGCUGCACCAACAACAGCUGCACCAACAACAGUUGCAACAACAACAGCUGCACCAACAACAACAGCUGCUCCAACAGCUGCUCCAAUAGCAUUUAAUCAUUACAGAAUUACAAUUGCUGCUUUGAGCAAGCUUUCUCUGCUGUUUAGUGUUCAAGUGGACUCAUACUCUCCCCAUUCAUGCCUUGAUGGUGAUUACUUUCCCAUUUUCUUGGCGCCAACUCCGAGCAAUGGAGUGGAUCUUCCUGCGUUUGUUAACCAACCCCUCGAAAUCAAAGUCAAAUCCAGAGCCCAAUAUUCCACGAUUCAUAACUUGAUUGUUACUGGACCAAUGGGCAUUUCGAAAGAGAAUAUCUCUGCGGAAGAAUAUAUCAUAAAAUGGACACCAACUGAAAAUGAACUGAACGACCAUUUUCCUAUUUGCUUUGUUUCUGAAGCAAUUGACGAAUGGGGCCGAGUUUUUCAAUCCGAGCUACGCUGUGUCAUUGUAGAUGUCGGACACUAUGAGACCAAAGUGACAUGCAGUGAAACAACAAUGACGGUGGAAGUGGAGAAGUCCUACCUUAUCAGACACCAUGAGAACAACUUGCAUCUGAAAGCCUUGGGUGAUUCUUCCUGCGACCUGGCAACACGCUCCAACACGACCCACCUGGUGGCGAUCAUGUCGCUAAAUGCAUGUGGAACCUUUGUAGAGGAGCAAGACGACAACAUCAUCUUCAAGAACGAGAUCACAUCUGCUAACCCGGAUAAUGUAAUUACCAGGCAGCACGACGUUGAGAUCGUCUUCUUCUGCUGCUAUCCAAAGCAAACCAACUUGACCCUGGGAUUCACGCACAAAAACCCGUACGCCUUCCAAGAGAAGGGAUUCGGUGCAUUCACAUUCCAGUUUGAAUUUUUUGAAACCCAGCGUUUCCAAAAACAAGUUGACUCCAACGUUUACCCAGUGGAGGUGUACCUCAAACAGAUUAUGUUCAUGCAGAUCGAAGCGACCACCUCCAUCCCCAACACUGAGCUGUUUGUGGAGACCUGCAAGGCGUCUCCAUAUGACAACGCCAACUCUCAAAUCAGCUACACCAUCAUCGAAAACGGGUGCAUGAGGGACGACACAGUUACAAUCUACCCUAGCCCCAAGACUCACUUCAGAUUUGGAAUGGAGGCUUUUGAGUUCAUCGGUGCUCAUGAAUCGGUGUACAUCACUUGCACCGUCAUCCUGUGUCAGACUGGCGUUCCAGGAACCAGAUGCUCGCAGGGAUGUAUCCGAUCCAACUCAGGCAGAACAAGAAGGGAAGCUGGGGCCGAGUCCUCCAGCCACUCCAUUUCCCAGGGACCUUUGCGCCUGGCUAAAAUUUCAGACAGCAAAGUAUCUGGUCCGAGCAUGAGUCUUGGCAUGAACAUCUUCCUUGUUGCCGGCUGCUUCCUGGUAUGCGGAGCAGUAAUCUACCGUUCAAGGAGGUCCAGAGCUAAAUACAUGCCCCUGCCAUCCUUUGAGUCAGACUAAACACAGAAGCGCCCUUUUGAACUUCUCUGAUUAUAAGAAAGAUUAUCAGAUACUGUGUAAUGUUUACUAUAGUGUUGAGAUCUUCAUAUUAGGUUGAAUAAUUAAAACGAAAGUUAGUUAUAAUCAAAUAUAGUCAAUUAUAUUCUUGUAUAACCCACGAUGAAAAUGUUUCAUAUGUUAUGAUUUUCUAUAUUUACAGUAUAAACAAAGUGGUGUGUUAAAUUGAGUGUGUAAGGCCUAUAAUGGUUUAUGGGUGUCACUGAUAAGAAAGAGGCAGUUUCUUCUCUCUCCCCUCACAUCAGUACACAGGGAGGGGGGCUCCUGACUUAAGGAGAAAUACAUUGAGGCCCCAAAACAGUGGUUAUGUCAUAGCCAAGAAUAAUAUUUUGCAAGUCCUGCAGAGUAGGGGUCAUGUCCUUUUUACACAAACAUGGGAAGGUGUGUCUUAUGCCAGAGCCAUAGAAUAUGUCUGGUCAUGUCCAGUUCUUUAGAUCAGAGGCCAUGCCCAGUUUCCACAAAUAUGGGUAUGGAGGAGGUGUCUUUAGGUUUUUCUAUCCUGUUUUCGAGCAUAAAGACACUGGCAGAUGUGGAGGAACUUUCUUUUUGGAGAGAGUGAGAGAGAGGGGGGGGAUCCCCUGGUAUACUCUCUCUCUGUAACGCUCUCUCCCUGAGAGCUGGGUUUUUGCUCUCGGUAAGGUUCUCUCAAACUUGGUAAAUAUCUCUCAAAUUUCUUGGUUGAAUGCGGAGUGAAUUUCUGGGUUGAAGGAGUGGAAUGACUUGAUGUGUUUGUGAGUGGAAUGAUAGUGAUGUGUUUGUGAAAUUUAGGCCCGCCAUCUGUGAGGAAUCUUCCUCCGAAUUCAUGCGGAUAGGUAUGGGUUUUUGAAUGUUAGUCCCGCCACCUAUGUCGGAAUAUAGGUGUGAAGUGUUAGGCCCGCCAUCUGUGAGGAAUCUUCCUCCGAAUUCAUGCGGAUAGGUAUGGGAAUGUUAGUCCCGCCACCUGUGUCGGAAAAAAGGUAUGGAAUUGAUGUGAAUUGAUUUGGUGAAUGAAAGUUUUAAUGUGCUUUUUAUUAUCACCGGUCUUUUAUGAGGAAAUGCCUCUAAAUUCUAUCGGGAGAUUUUAAAUGUCACAACUGAAUUGGACAGUUGAAGUUACAAAUUAUGGUAAUAAAUGUAAAACUGUGAAUUAGAACAUGAUCACAGCAUAAUAGGUUUAGUAUGAUUAUAAUGUUGUAACGAGAGAAGGUAAAAACCCUGUAUAAGUUUGGACCUAUUUUUCUUCAAAUAAACUGAUCCCACCUUUUGGAUUGGGA